AUGCUUCCCAAAUUGCGCGGCUACAAGCCAAGCGAUGUGCCGGUCGAGCAGCUGACCCACAUCCUCUAUGCAUUUGCCAAUAUCGACCCAGACACAGGCACUGUGUUCCUUUCUGACAAAUGGGCCGAUCAAGAGAUCAAGUACGGCGGCGAUACGGACCAAGGCCCUGACCAACUCUACGGGAAUUUGAAACAGGUUUUGCUGUACAAGCAGCAGCAUCGCCACCUCAAGACACUGCUUUCCAUUGGUGGUUGGUCGUACUCGAGCAACUUCAAGUGCCUAAGCGAUGCGACAAAGCGCGCGCGUUUUGCCGAGUCUGCAGUCCGGCUGCUUGCCGACUAUGGAUUCGACGGCUUGGACGUGGACUGGGAAUACCCUGAAUCCAAGGACCAAGCGCGAAUCUACGUAGCGCUGCUCAAGGAGGUUCGGCACGGACUUGAUGCAUACGGUGCACAUACCACACCCGACCAUCCGCAUUAUCUCCUGACCAUUGCCGCCCCGUGCUCGCCGGCAAAAUACAGGAUUCUCGACAUCAAAGCGAUGGACGCGUACUUGGACUACUGGAACCUGAUGGCCUACGAUUUUUCCGGCUCGUGGGACUCGGCGGCGAAUCACCAGGCAAAUUUGUACGGUACGCCAUUGUCCUGUGCGGCGUCUGUCAAGUACUACGCCAGCAAUGGCACGCAUAACAGCAAGUUGGUGCUCGGUGCGCCCGCAUACGGACGUGGAUUCGACGGCACCCAAGGGCCUGGACACUCCUUUACUAGUAUUCCACCUGGAUCACUGGAACAUGGUGUAUUUGCCUACUGGGAACUGCCCAUCCAAGGCGCCAAGGAGCACUACGACAAGAAAGCAGGCGCUGCCUGGUCGUACGACUCGGCCAAUGCCCAGCUCAUCUCGUACGACUCGCCCAGUGCGGCCAAAGCAAAGGUCGAGUACAUUGCCGAGAAAGGGCUUGCAGGCGCUAUGCUGUGGGAGCUUGCAGGCGACCAGCCUGCAACGAACCCGCGCUCUCUCGUCAGCGUCUAUACACACCAACUCGGCAAUUUGGACACGAGUGAGAACCAUGUCCAGUACCCUUCGAGCGCAUUUGCCAACGUACGCAAUGGUCUCUAG